AUGGCAAAGAAACCGACUUUCCUGGGCGUUUUACUGGCACUCGUGACGUUUACUCAAGCUCAUAUGGAAAUGAGCUGGCCGCCUCCAUUUCGCUCCAAGUUCAACCCGUACACCAUCCGCGCCAACGUUGACUACAAUAUGAUAAGUCCCCUCUUGGAAAACGGCACCAACUACCCGUGCAAAUCAUAUCAGAACCUACUUGGCACUACUGAAGGGCAAUCUGUCGUUACCUGGCAGCCAGGCCAAACAUAUAACCUCAGUCUCGUGGGUAGUGCCACACACCUUGGUGGGAGCUGUCAGGCAUCGUUGUCGUUUGACAAGGGGAAGACGUGGCAAGUCAUACGGUCGUACAUAGGCAAAUGCCCCUUGAAGCCCCACUGGGAUUUCACCUUACCAAACGAUACUCCACGACGUGAUGCAAUUUUUGCCUGGACAUGGUUUAACAGGGUGGGGAAUCGCGAAAUGUACAUGAACUGUGCGCCUGUUACCAUCAGUGGAGGGGAGACAGCAGGCCGAGAAGAAUCGACUCCCUUUAGAUCGCGUCCCGAUAUGUUUGUAGCAAAUGUCGGAAAGGGCUGCGCAACUGUUGCUGGUCGCGAUGUUGAAUUUCCAUAUCCUGGUCCCGGAGCUGCAUAUGACUCUGACAAUACUUCCCCUCCCGCCGGGCACUGUAGCAGCGCUUGA